UGUGUAUACCAGCAUGUCGACAACCUUUUUCCUUGAAGUUCCCUGUUGUCAUGUGAUACGCCCUCCUCCAGGAGCACAACAGUAUAUUCUUCUUUUCCUUUAUGUUGGGCAGGUAUGCUGUGCUCCCUCCUCGCCUCUGACUGAGAUGGAAGGGUAAGAAAUGUAGGCUAAACAGGUGAUGAAGGGAAGAGGCUGUCGUGCUCUGUGUCGCAGGUUUUGUAACAGAUCCUUGGUGCCAGCUGCCGAGGAAUCGUACCUGGGUGUUUCCGGGGCUCCGCUCGGCGUUUGAAGGAUGCUCGCCUUCAGAGGCAGAGUGCCGAGUGCUUAAUUGCGGGCUAGACCCUGUGAUGAGAAUUACAAACAAGAACUGAAGGGGAUGCUUUCGAUUCAGCUUGUUUUAAAUGCGUGGCUAUUCUAACCAAAGUGUAAAAAAAUGACACUUGACUGAAAAGCAUAAAUCACCCUGGAAGAAGUUUUCGCUGAGCUUUACGUGAGCAACCUCAUCUUAUGAGGAGGAGGAUCCGUCAGCCUUCAUAGCUGUACAAUGGGGACUACAGGUGAAGACAUGGCUUCGGUGGAGCAGAAUGCCUCCUUGAACCCUCUGUGCUUCGAGUGUGGCCAGCAGCACUGGACAAGGGAGAACCACCUCUACAACUACCAAAACGAAGUGGAUGAUGACUUGGUCUGCCACAUUUGCCUUCAGCCCUUGUUGCAGCCAUUGGACACUCCCUGUGGACAUACUUUCUGCUACAAGUGCCUAAGGAACUUUCUGCAGGAGAAGGAUUUCUGCCCGCUGGAUCGAAAAAGACUCCAUUUUAAACUCUGCAAAAAAUCCAGCAUUCUGGUUCAUAAACUGUUAGACAAACUGUUUGUUUUGUGCCCCUUCUCUUCUGUGUGUCAGGAAGUCAUGCAGCGAUGUGACCUGGCGGCCCAUCUCAAAAACAGGUGUCCUGGGGCUUCUCAUCGAAGGCUUGCUCUGGAGAGAAGGAAAACGAGCAAGCUGCAAACAGAAGUGGAGGGCGAGAGUGGUCCUGGUGGGACAGAGCAGCCUAGCAGUUUGUCUUCAGAUGCAGAUCAGGGAAUAGUGCCAGUCGAGCAGAGCUUCACCUCGCCCGCCCUUCCUGCAUGGACAGAUGAGCCCAGCACCGACAAUCCGCCUUUUGAAGAGAGCACAGUAGCAGACACAAAUCAACAGCCACCUACCUUGCCUGAAGGCGAGAUCACCACGAUUGAAAUUCAUCGGUCCAAUCCUUACAUCGAAUUAGGAAUUAGCAUAGUGGGUGGCAAUGAAACGCCUUUGAUCAACAUUGUCAUUCAGGAGGUUUAUCGAGAUGGGAUCAUUGCCAGAGAUGGAAGACUUCUUGCUGGAGACCAAAUACUUCAAGUGAACAGCUUUGACAUAAGCAACGUCUCUCACAACCACGCUCGAGCCGUGCUCUCCCAGCCUUGCUCGGUGCUGCACCUCACCGUGCUGCGAGAGCGGCGGUUCGGCAGCCGCACGCACGGCCACGCGGAUGCCGCCGGCUGUCCCCGGGAGGAUAGCUUCCAGGUGACGCUGCACAAGCGCGACUCCAGCGAGCAGCUGGGCAUUAAGCUUGUGCGCAGGACGGACGAGCCAGGAGUUUUUAUUCUCGACCUUUUGGAAGGGGGCUUGGCCGCUCAAGACGGCAGGCUCUGCAGCAACGACCGCGUGCUUGCAAUUAAUGGACAUGACUUGAAGCAUGGGACACCUGAGCUUGCUGCUCAGGUUAUACAGGCUAGUGGGGAGAGAGUGAAUUUGAUCAUCUCUAGACCUACGAAGUCGCAGACGGUCAGUAUUAUCCGAGACACAGGGACUCACAACAGCAGCUCACACCAGCACCAGUCACAGCAGCUGUUUCACAGCAGACCCAACUCACAUAAGGAUCUCUCCCAGUGUGUUACAUGCCAAGAAAAGCACAUUACUGUGAAAAAAGAGCCACAUGAAUCUCUGGGAAUGACAGUGGCAGGAGGCAGAGGCAGCAAAAGUGGCGAAUUGCCCAUCUUUGUGACAAGUGUGCAGCCUCACGGGUGUUUGGCAAGAGACGGCAGGAUUAAACGAGGUGAUGUGCUGCUGAACAUCAAUGGCAUCGAUUUGACUAACCUAAGUCACAGCGAGGCGGUGGCCAUGCUGAAAGCUAGUGCUGCCUCUUCAGUAGUUGCCCUGAAAGCCCUGGAAGUCCAGAUUGUAGAAGAACAGCCCCAGGCUAAUGAAGAACAAUUGAGUACCAUCAGUGAAAAUGAAUAUGAUGCCAGCUGGUCACCAUCAUGGGUCAUGUGGCUGGGCCUUCCAAGCUGCCUACAUAGCUGCCAUGACGUAGUACUGCGGCGGAGCAAUUUAGGCAGCUGGGGUUUCAGCAUCGUCGGCGGCUAUGAGGAGAACCACACGAACCAGCCUUUCUUUAUUAAAACCAUUGUUCUUGGAACUCCUGCCUACUUUGAUGGAAGAUUAAAGUGUGGUGAUAUGAUUGUUGCUGUAAACGGACUGUCCACGGUUGGAAUGAGCCAUUCUGCACUUGUUCCUAUGCUGAAGGAGCAGAGGAACAAAGUAACUUUAACUGUCAUUUGCUGGCCUGGAAGCCUCAUAUAAAUGUGUGACUGACUUUGGUUCAAGCAGUGUCUUUUUUCUAGAUAGCUGGCACAAAAAUCUCCAUCCUUUCUUUCCAUAUUGAUACAGCUGGUUAUACGUAGGGCCAAAACUGCUGUAUUUCUUCUUUUUUUCAAAUGGGCCUCUCAGACUUCCUUUAUAUAUCUUUCCAUCCUGAAAUAGCCAUUUCUGUUUGCUGUAUCCAUUGCUGAUGCAAAUGAAAAUAUACAGGAGCUCACAGAGAAACUCCCACUCUGAUACGGCUGUCACUGAGCUGUCCCUGUCAGGCUUGUAGAGUCAGCAGAAGAACUUAGUGGUUCUUUGGGUUUCUCUGUUAUACGUGCUCAAGUUAUACGCCAUAUAUAAACGUAAGAGCCACGUGCCCAUUCUUCCCUGCAAUGAGAAUGUGUGUCAGUACUGCAGUGACACAUCUGUCUGCUGCUGUAAUCAAAAAUCUGUUCCCAAAGGUACUCCUCUCCAUUUCUUAAGCCUUCCAUUUUUGGCUCAGUAUUUCAAACUGAUUCACAUAACCCAUCAGAAAUUAUAUCCCCCC